UGAAGAACAGAGACAGAUGUAAAUAUCGAUCUCCGUAAAAUGUUCAUUCGUUUUGUAAGCCACGUCUGACAAUCCACAUAAAUUUGUCAAAUUAGUCAACUAAUAUUGGAUUAAGAUUUACUUGGUAGUAUAAAUAUUAGAAAAUUAUCAAAUAGAAAAACAAAUUAUAAACCGGCACUAAGUGAAAAUGCCUUUACGUUUAGACAUAAAACGAAAACUAACAGCACGGUCAGAUCGUGUAAAAUGUGUGGAUUUACAUCCAACAGAACCAUGGAUGUUGUGCUCUUUGUAUAAUGGACACGUUCAUGUGUCAAAUCAUGAAAAUCAACAAUUGGUUAAAACUUUUGAAGUAUGUGAUUUACCUGUACGUGCGGCUCGUUUUAUACCCAGGAAAAAUUGGAUUGUUACUGGAUCAGAUGAUAUGCAAAUACGAGUUUUCAAUUAUAACACCUUAGAAAGAGUGCAUUCAUUUGAAGCACAUUCAGAUUAUGUCCGGUGUAUCGUUGUUCAUCCAACACAACCGUAUAUUCUCACUAGUAGUGAUGACAUGUUGAUAAAAUUAUGGAAUUGGGAGAAACAAUGGGCUUGCCAACAAAUAUUCGAAGGACACACACAUUACGUAAUGCAAAUUGUAAUCAAUCCAAAAGAUAAUAAUACAUUUGCAAGUGCUUCGUUAGAUUUUACUGUUAAAGUUUGGCAAUUAGGAUCAUCAACAGCUAAUUUUACAUUGGAAGGGCACGAGAAAGGUGUGAAUUGCGUUGAUUAUUAUCACGGUGGUGAUAAACCAUAUUUAAUAUCCGGUGCGGAUGAUCGUCAAGUUAAAAUAUGGGAUUAUCAGAAUAAAACAUGCGUACAGACUUUAGAAGGGCAUACACAGAAUGUUUCUUGUGUUUGUUUCCAUCCUGAAUUGCCGGUUGUAUUGACUGGCAGUGAAGAUGGUACUGUUAGAAUUUGGCAUGCUGGUACAUACCGUUUAGAAAGUUCCCUUAACUAUGGAUUUGAGCGGGUAUGGACUAUUGCUUGUAUGAGAGGAUCCAAUAACGUUGCUCUAGGUUAUGAUGAAGGCAGUAUCAUGGUGAAAGUAGGAAGAGAAGAGCCAGCUGUUUCUAUGGAUGUUAAUGGUGGCAAAAUUGUUUGGGCUAAACAUUCUGAAAUACAACAAGCGAAUUUGAAAGCAAUUCCUGAAGGCACCGAAAUUAAGGACGGAGAAAGAUUACCAGUUGCUGUUAAAGAUAUGGGAGCAUGCGAAAUAUAUCCACAAACAAUUGCACACAAUCCAAAUGGUAGAUUUGUAGUUGUUUGUGGCGAUGGUGAAUACAUAAUAUACACAGCAAUGGCCCUGCGUAACAAAGCAUUCGGCACAGCACAAGAAUUUGUGUGGGCACAAGAUUCAUCUGAGUAUGCUAUUCGCGAAGGAACAACAACCGUGAGGGUAUUCAAGAAUUUUAAAGAAAAGAAAUCAUUUAAACCAGAUUUUGGUGCAGAGGGUAUAUUCGGUGGUUAUUUAUUGGGUGUUCGAUCUGUUCCUGGACUUGCAUUCUAUGAUUGGGAUACAUUAGAUUUAAUUCGCCGUAUUGAAAUUCAACCAAAAGCUGUUUAUUGGUCUGAUAGUGGUGCAUUAUUGUGUUUGGCUACAGAAGAUAGUUAUUUCAUACUUCGAUAUAAUCCAGAAACAGUUGCAAAAGCUACUGAAACUCGAGAGGGAGUUACCGAAGAUGGUAUUGAAGAUGCUUUUGAUGUCCUUGGUGAGGUGCACGAAAGUGUGAAGACUGGAUUAUGGGUUGGUGAUUGUUUUAUUUAUACGAAUAGUGUAAAUCGUAUAAAUUACUAUGUCGGGGGUGAAAUUGUAACCAUUUCUCAUUUAGAUCAUACAAUGUAUCUUCUUGGUUAUGUUCCUCGUGACAACAGAUUAUAUCUUGGUGACAAGGAAUUAAAUGUUGUAAGCUAUGCUUUAUUAUUGUCCGUACUCGAAUAUCAAACAGCUGUUAUGCGAAGUGAUUUUGAUACUGCUGAUCGUGUUUUACCAACAAUUCCAAAGGAACAUCGAACUAGAGUUGCACAUUUCCUAGAAAAACAGGGCUUCAAAAAACAAGCAUUAGUUGUAUCUACAGAUCCCGAACACAGAUUCGAAUUAGCUAUACAAUUGGGCGAUUUAAAUGUUGCUGUUGAAUUGGCACGUGAAGCUAAUGCCCAACAAAAAUGGCGACAAUUAGCUGAUUUGGCGAUUAGUCGAAAUAAUUUUGAUCUUGCCCAGGAAUGUUUACAAAAAGCCCAAGAUUUUGGUGGAUUAUUAUUGUUGGCAACAAGCUCAGGAAAUGCUGAUAUGGUUCAAAACUUAGGUGAAAUGGCACUUGGAGAAAAUAAAACAAACAUAGCAUUUUUAUCAUUUUUAUUACGUGGCGAUUUAGAUAAAUGUUUGGAAAUUCUCAUUGAUACAAAUCGUCUACCAGAAGCUGCAUUUUUUGCCAGAUCAUAUUUACCAAGUAAAAUAUCAUAUGUUGUUGAAAAAUGGCGAGAACAAUUAACAGCAGUCAAUGAAAAAGCUGGUCAAAGUAUUGCUGAUCCACAAAGCUAUCCAAAUCUAUUUCCUGGACUUAGUGAACUAUUUAAAGUAGAACAAUUUCUUCAAAUAGAACGAAAAAAUUUACCUCUUGCAUCAUUGGCCGCUACAAUCAAACCAAAUUCUGAACGAAAUGUUUUAGAAGAACUAAAAAGUUAUGAGAGCGGUGGUCAUAUUAUUAAUGAUAACUCUGAUAUUCUAUCCUCAAAUAAUUUAGAAACAACAGGAAACCAGUAUGCAGAUCUAUUAGGCGAUGAUUCAAUCAAUCAAAAAUUAUCGUCAAUAAAACUCACUGAUCUAUUAACGACAACAGGACAAAGUGCGGUCUUACCUAAAAAAUCAUCUACAAAUGAUCUUCUGGAUGAUUUAGAAUUAGAAUCAUUUAAUAUUGACGAAAAUAUUGAUACUUCGGAUAUCAACUCCGAUGAUGAUUUAUUAAUUAAUGACUAAAAGAGAAAAUGAUAGAAAAAACGCCACAGAAAAAAACCAGAUUUGUGUUUAAGUAUUAUAUUAAAUUUUUCCAUAGUGCAUUAAAUAUUUACUUGUUCGUUCAU